AUGCCACCCUUAGAAGUGACCAUUCUGGGAGGUGGUGUAGAGGGGUUCCCUUCCCAAUCAGGUCCCCGGCCUCCCUCCCCCAGCCCCACUCCAGGACAGAUGGAAGACCCAUCUGGCCUAGAGAUGCCCUCCCUGGCUGCUGGCACACCAAAGCCCUUCCAGGAAGGAACCGCCGACUCCGGCCGGCCCCUCGGCAGUGCGCUGGGGGACGCAGGAGGAGAGGGGGACCCGGCCCCAAACACAGCGGUCCGGCCUAAGGCGGCGCGGGGCUCACAGGGGGAACGAGAACGUCCUCCCGCCCCCUUUGUUCGCCCCGAGAUCCAUCCCCCUCAUAAAAAGGGCAGAUCCGGGCGCCAAGGCCGCGCGAUCCCGGUAGAUGGAGACUCAGUACGCAGGGGAAACUCGAGGCAGGGCCGGGAGCUGGCCAGCGCAGGGGCUGAAACUGGCCGAGGAGGUGCCCCCGGUGCCAGGACGGAGCCCUCGGCCCGGGGGGAGAAGGCCCGCACAGGGAGAGCCUCCCGACCCAAACAGCAGCCCGAAGGCCCGCACAGGGAGAGCCCCCAGACCCAAACAGCAGCCCGAAGGCCCGCACAGGACAGCCCCCCGACCCAAACAGCAGCCCGAAGGCCCGCACAGGGACAGCCCCUCGACCCAAACAGCAGCCCCAAGGCCCGGACAGGGAGAGCCCCCAGACCCAAACAGCAGCCCGAAGGCCCGGACAGGGACAGCCCCCAGACCCAAACAGCAGCCCCAAGGCCCGGACAGGGACAGCCCCCAGACCCAAACAGCAGUCCGAAGGCCCGGACAGGGAGAGCCCCCAGACCCAAACAGCAGCCCCAAGGCCCGGACAGGGAGAGCCCCCAGACCCAAACAGCAGCCCGAAGGCCCGCACAGGGAGAACCGGGUCUCACGGGAGCCCGGGCCGCCUCUGGCCGGGGAGUCCCCUCCCCGCUCCCCAGCAUUUCUCUCCUCCGGCUCCCCUUUCCCAGCCUAAUCUCCCGAUCUCCGGGCUCCGCUUUCCUGCAGGCUCCGGAAGCCGGGCUUCCUGUGCUCAGUGUAUUCCAGCCUCUUCACCCACUCUGUUUACGUGUGGAUACUAUCUCUCGUUUCCUGCCUGUGCUUAGAACUUCAACCACCUGGGACUGCGUCUGUGUGCAAACUCCCACCUCCGACAGCGGCGGCCACGCCUCCGGGCCUCGGACGCCUCUGAGAAGCUCUUCCAGGCCCAGGCGGCCGGUUUUAGAACCCACCCCGGCCUCACACGGACCCGGGGGGCCAGCUCCUCCUGUUCCAGAGCCUCCCGGCCUCUGGGGACCUGCCCCAGGGCACACGGGCUUCUGAAGGAGGAUUCGAACCCAGGUCCUCCGCUUCUCCGCUGGGAAGCUCUAAAUAACAGAACACCCAGGGGGGUUUUAAAAGCUGCGAUCACAGACUUCGGAAGGUCCAGAUCCCCCUCCGGCGCGGAGUGCCCGUGCGACUCUAAGCCUCGGUUUUCUGACCUAUAAAUGGGAGGGUCGGACCCAAGCCCAGCGCCGCACAGGCCACCCGUGGGUCAUCCUGAGCCCCCAGACACGUGGCCCCCAAAGCAAGGGCCCCCGGGGAACCAUCUCCGGGGCCGCGAUCAGCGUAGGAGGAGGGCUCUACACCAAGGGCACUGCGGAAGUCAUCUAAGUGCACCAGCACCUCAUCCUCGCCUUCGUCUUCCGGUCCUAAGUGAAGUGCUUGUUCCGUUGCACUGAUCGCUAAUGGAGAGCUGGAAAGCUCCCAGGUCUAUAUCGGGCUAGAGUCGCGGAUGAUGAAUGCAUCACUAGAGCUCGAGGAGACUUUGCAGAUAAAUUAAUAAUUGCUAACAUCAUGCGAUCCUUAAAGCUUUUAAAAGGAACUUGCCUAUAUGAUCUGCUUCUCACAACUCUAAAGCAGGGGCUAUUACCCCCAUUUUACAGAUGAGGAAAUUGAGGAACAAAGCAGUGACUUUCCCAGGGUCACCUGCUAGUAAAUAUCUGAGGUCACCCUGACUCCAACUCUGGCAUGUGCACUUUAAGCCAUCUGGUCCAAAUCCGUCCAGGGCAGCCGGAUAUCGCAGUGGAGAGAGAGAGGAGUCAGGAACACCUAAAUGCAAAGCCAGCCUCAGACCGUUCCUAGCCCUGUGAUCCUGGGCAAGUCACUGGGCCCUGUUUGCCUCAGUUUCCUCGCCUGUAAAAUGAGCCAAGGAAGGAAAUGGCCAAUCACAGUAGUAUCUCUGCCAAGAAAGCCCCAAAUGGGGUCACGAAGAGCCUCAUGUGAAGGAAAAACCUUCUCUUCCUGGGCCUGGGAAGAGAACCCAGGACUCCUGGCAGCAGCCCAGGAAUCUUGCCGCUUCAGGAUGCCAGUUUACCCAGGUCUCUCAGAGCCCCAGGGAGGCUGGCAGAGCCCUGAGCACCCCUUUGUGCCUACAGACACCCCCCCUCCGGGGCCCCAGGAAUUCCUAAUGAAGGAUUCAGGAAGACACCCACUCAUCAACAUCUCGAGGGGCUGGAGACAGCCCGGGUCGGGAAGCCCAGAAUGCCAGCUUGCUGUCUCUGGGAAGGACCUUGGAAACCUUCUAAUCCGACGCCUGAAUUUUUCCAGAUAAGAAAACUGAAGGCUGUGGACGUAAAAAAAAAAUUCUCCAAGGUCCCACGCCGGCCGAAACCCAGCCCUCCAGCCUCUCCCCACCAGCUCUGCCCCCACAGGGGUCCUAAAUAUCCAGACACUCCGGGUUUCCAGAACACUCUGUUCUAGUGAUUAUAAAUGAAGCACAAAUAUCCCGUCAGAAACAAAGCAAAAAUGAUACUGAAAAUCAAAAACGUGACCGGGUAGAUCUGGAGGAGGAAAAGAAACAGCAGCAAAGAUAAGAAGAGCAACAGUGAUAAUAAAGAGCUCAAUAACUGCCAGGAACGGUGUUUACCAAGUGAUUUCUGCAGCUGCUCUCAGGGCUCAGAAGUAGAAACUAUUGGGCACUAUCAUCUCCAUUUUAUGGAUGAGAAAACUGAGGCCCAGGGAAAUCAGUCGGUCUGUUAUGUCAGUCGCUGGGAAAAGCGCUAGGGAUACAAAACAAAGCAACAGUUCUUGCCUCCAAAGAUGACAUUCUAAUGGGCUCCAAGUAGUCAAAGGCAGAAUUUGAAACCAGGUUUCUUUUGCAAUGCAAUUAUUGGACGCCGCCUGUCCCAUGAUAUUCUCUCUCACUGAGACUGGGGAUGUUUCUCCAUUCACCCAAGCAUAAAACUCUUCCUGAAGAGCUGCAAACAGUUUCUAAAAGGUGUAAGAAACGGCUACAAGAGAGGAUGCUGCAUUAGGAAAACAAGAGAUGGGGAGAAGCUGUUUUUAUCAUGAUGUGUCCAUCUAUAAGAUGGAAGUAGAGUCACAAAAGAGGGAGGAAGCUUCCAAAAUGUCUACACUGGGAGUAGCCUAAUUCCAGGCAUUAUGGAAUCUCCAUAUACCAAGGGAACAGGUUCCAGAAGAGCCUCAGGGGCUCCAGAUUUAUGAUCUCCACAAGGGAUCAAACUACUUGUCUUGGCUUUCCAAAGAGCAUCUCUAGGCAUAUAUAUCGACACGUGCAUAAGUCCAACAUCAGGACCUUGAGAGAAGGGCUUUUUUGUUUUUGUCAUCACAUUUCUAGUGUCAUAGUCCCUGGCACACAGUAGGUGUUUAAUAGAUGCUUACUGAUUGAACUCAGAUUAUCUUUCUUCCUUCCUUCCUUCCUUCCUUUCUUCCUUCCUUCUUUUCCUUUCCUUUCUUCCUUCCUUCCUUCC